AAACAAAUUUAUCGAUAUAUCGAUUGCUUUAAUUGCUAUUGUUUUGUGGAAUUGAAUAUGAGCGAGGCAACAACGAACAUGUUGGCCGCUUUUUUGGUAUUCAGUUGUAGUGUACUGACUUUAUAUGAAGUAAAAAUAUAUUUUAAUGAAAUAUGAUGAGAAUCACUAAGAUAAUUUGUAGUACAAACUCCUAGAAAGUUUGUUUACGCCACAUAUAUCAUUCGAUGGCCAGCCGUAGAGCAUUGCGAAUUCGCCCUGAUUUCGAAUAUGUUCUGAUGAGUGUACCACCGCCCAUAAAUUGGUAACAACAUGCAUUCAGUGUUUGGAAGCUUUCUGUUAGAACUGAUAUUUCUCAAGUUCUGACUGUAGAGCCAAGAUAACACUAAUCAGUUGAUAUUCGUAUUGGGAGCUGUGAAUUCAACAAAUAUUUCUUUACAACCAUUGUUAAAAUGAGUGCUAGUAAAACAAAAAAAUUUUACAAAUUGGACAUAAAUCGUACGGAAUGGGAAGUUCCAGAAAUAUAUCAGGAAUUGCAUCCAGUGGGCUCUGGUGCAUAUGGACAAGUGUGCAAGGCCAGAAUCCGUGGUACCAACACAGAUGUCGCCAUUAAAAAGUUAUCACGUCCCUUCCAAUCAACGGUGCACGCCAAGCGAGCAUAUCGAGAAUUAAUGCUAUUGAAGCAUAUGGAUCACGAAAAUGUUAUCGGUUUGUUGGACAUUUUUCAUCCGCAUCCACCGGACGCAACUUUAGAAGACUUUCAGCACGUAUAUCUGGUAACUCAUUUGAUGGGUGCGGAUCUGAACAACAUUAUAAAGAUGCAGAAUCUAUCUGAUGAUCAUGUUCAGUUCUUGGUAUACCAAAUACUACGCGGCCUGAAGUACAUACACAGCGCUGGCGUUAUUCAUCGGGAUCUAAAGCCGUGCAACAUUGCGGUUAACGAGGACUGCGAGUUGCGUAUCCUGGAUUUCGGGCUGGCAAGACCAACUGAGUUCGAGAUGACGGGCUACGUGGCCACGCGUUGGUAUCGUGCUCCUGAAAUUAUGCUCAACUGGAUGCAUUACAGUCAGACUGUCGAUAUUUGGUCAGUGGGCUGUAUCAUGGCAGAGCUGAUCACGCGACGCACACUUUUCCCAGGCACUGAUCACAUACAUCAGCUCAAUUUGAUCAUGGAAAUGUUGGGCACACCGCCCGAUGAUUUCAUGCAGAAGAUCUCCUCUGACAACGCACGAAAUUAUAUCAACUCGCUGCCGCCAACGAAACGAAAGGACUUUAAAGUUGUUUUUAAGAAUGCCAAUCCUCUGGCUAUUGAUUUGCUAGAGAAGAUGCUGGAACUGGAUGCGGAUAAACGUAUAACAGCCGAGGAAGCGCUUGCUCAUCCAUAUUUACAAAAAUAUGCAGAACCAAGUGAUGAACAAACAUCUCCUUUGUACGAUCAAAGCUUUGAAGAAAAGGAUUUUUCAUUGGAAAAGUGGAAAGAACUUGUUUACAAGGAAGUCGUCAAUUUUAAACCUCCUGCAUCAUUUGCAGCAGUUUUGGAAAGUAUUAAAUGAAACAUGAUAACGCACGGACUGCAAAGUAUUAGCCAAAAACAUGCGUAGUUUUAAUGCGUCUCAAAAUCUAG